AUGGGCGGCUCGGUCUCAAAGAUCAUGGGCAAAAUCUUCGGAUCGAAAGAAAUGCGCCUGCUCAUGCUGGGCUUAGAUGCCGCAGGGAAGACCACAAUCCUCUACAAGCUGAAGCUCAACUCCGACGUCACUACCAUCCCUACUGUCGGCUUCAACGUCGAGACUGUCACGUAUAAGAACGUCAAAUUCAACGUUUGGGAUGUGGGAGGACAGGAUAAGAUUCGGCCUCUCUGGAGGCACUACUUCUCUGGAACACAAGGUCUCAUCUUCGUCAUCGACUCGAACGACCGAUCAAGGAUAGACGAGGCGGGGAAAGAGCUACAUAAGAUCAUAUUGGAUAGGGAGAUGAAAGAGGCGCUGUUGCUGGUAUUUGCGAACAAGCAAGACAUACCAGGAGCAAUGACACCACAAGAAGUACAAGAGCGUCUGAAGCUUAGCCGGCUCAAAGACAGGAUCUGGUACGUAGUGCCGAGCUGCGCUACGACUGGUGAAGGUCUAUUUGAAGGCUUGGGCUGGCUAUCCAACAACGUCAAGACACCCCCGCAACGACAGGCCAGAUAA